UCAAUUACACGCUUUGCAAGAACAAAUCAAUUAUUUAAAGCGAAUUUCGCAAAAAGAAUUGAAAUUAGAAAAUUUGCUAAAGUGAAAUUUAGAAAUGAAGCAACCAGGAAAAGAAUUUUAGUAACAGGUGGUGCAGGCUUUGUUGGUUCGCAUCUUGUUGAUCGUUUAAUGUUAGAUGGUCAUGAAGUCGUAGCGCUAGAUAAUUAUUUCACUGGCAGAAAGCGAAAUAUUGAACAGUGGAUCGGCCAUCCGAAUUUCGAUAUUGUUCAUCAUGAUGUGGUUAACGAAUAUUUCAUUGAAGUUGACGAGAUUUAUCAUCUGGCCUCACCUGCUUCUCCUCCUCACUAUAUGUAUAAUCCAGUAAAAACGAUUAAAACAAAUACUAUUGGAACAAUUAAUAUGCUUGGCUUGGCGAGGCGUGUAAAGGCUCGUAUAUUGCUUGCUUCAACAUCAGAAGUUUAUGGUAGUCCACAAGUACAUCCUCAGCCAGAAACUUAUUGGGGUUAUGUUAAUUCUGUAGGUCCUCGCGCCUGUUACGAUGAAGCGAAGCGUGUUGCUGAGACACUUAUGGUUGCAUAUAAUAAGCAAGAAAAUGUUGAUAUCAGAAUAGCUAGAAUUUUCAACACUUUUGGUCCCAGGAUGCAUAUGAAUGAUGGUCGUGUUGUCAGUAAUUUUAUAUUGCAAGCACUUCAGCGAGAACCCAUUACUAUAUAUGGCGAUGGAAAUCAGACGAGAUCUUUCCAAUAUAUAGAUGACCUAGUUGAUGGAUUAAUUGCAUUAAUGGGUAGUAAUACUACACUUCCAGUCAAUUUGGGUAACCCAGAAGAAUUCAGAAUAUUUGAUCUUGCCAAUAUCAUUCGCAGUAUUGUUGGAAGCAAUUCGGAAAUUCAAUUUUUAUCUAAUGUAGAGGAUGAUCCGAAGCAAAGAAAGCCAAAUAUCACUCGUGCAGGCGAAAUGUUGAACUGGAAACCUAGAAUGUCCGUUCAUGAUGGCUUAGUCAAAACAAUCGCGUAUUUUAAAAGUGAACUGGAAAAUGAGAAAACGAGAAUGGAGCACGAAAGUCAAACUGAAAAGGAAAUUUAA